AGCACGGAUGAUAACCCGGCGUGGGACAAUAAUUUUCCGCUUUAAACUCUGCUUGCUUCUCUUCCAUAGCGUACAAAAAUGGCAGCUGCCACGACAAGUUCUCCUCUCAACCUCUUAGAUUUCAAUCGUAAACCUAUUUUCCCUUGCAAACUUUCCUCUCCGAGAUGCCGUCCGACAUUGUUAAUGCCCCCCGGAGGAGUUUCCUCAAACUCCAUUGCCGGAACUGGAAGAACCCUUUCCAACCCUCCCAGUUAUAUGUCAACCUGCUUAGUGAUCCCUCCGCCGCCUAAAUUCCAAAAACCCAAGGCGAUUAUCAAAUUUAUCGGCGGAGCUUUCAUCGGGGCCGUCCCCGAGGUCACUUACAGUUAUUUGCUGGAGAUGCUGGCAGUGGAAGGGUAUUUAAUCAUUUGCGUACCUUACAACGUGACGUUCGACCAUGCGGAAAUCACUAGGCGAGUGUCUGAGAGGUUCACUUCUUGUUUGGAUUCGAUUUUGUGCUCUGGGUUGCCGGAUUUAGGGCUUUCUGCUCUUGAGGUUUCAGAUUUGCCUCUUUAUUCUGUAGGACACAGCAAUGGAGCUCUUCUUCAAACUCUCACCGAGAGUUAUUUCUCAGAAAGAAUACCAAAGGCUAAUGUAAUAAUAUCAUACAACAACCGCCCAGCAUCAGAGGCAGUGCCAUACUUUAAGCAGUUGGGGCUUGUGGUCAGUCAGAUGCUGCCAGUUUUAGCAACAUUUCCGGUUUAUUCAGUUGUUGAGGCUGCUUCAGGAAAUGCAUGGAAGCUCCUGCUUGAUACAGCUGAAACGGUGGUACCAAACUAUGACCAGAAAGCAUUUGGUUCAUUCAUGACUAGAUUUACUGAUCAAUUGCCUUUGAUAAUUAAUGAGCUUGCUGAAGGGAUAUCAGAAUUCAAGCCAACACCACUUGAGAAUCUAAAGAGCAUACGAGAACUUUAUAAUGUUCAGUCCACUCUACUGGUUAAGUUUGACUCUGAUACAAUCGACGAGACGGAUCAACUUGAAGAGACACUGAGACCUCGCAUUGAAACUUUUGGUGGAAAACUAGAGAAGGCCGUCUUAAGUGGUAACCACAUUACACCCUGCCUUCAGGAACUGAGAUGGGAAGUCGGGAAUGUCUACACCCCAGCAGAUGCUUUAGGGCAAGUACUAAAGAAUGUGUCAGUUAAUGACACCAGAAGGCUUGCUACAACCAUCGCCAACUGGCUUGAUCGUCUCUCUCACUAAUUACAGUGUUGAGGUUUGGUGUUUAGUAUUCAUUCAUUAAUCCAAAGUUAUAUAUGCUGGAUUAUCCCUUUGCUAGCUGAGGAAUGAACAGAUUCUUGCUUGGAAAUCAUUCAUCCACAAUAGUAUGGUGACUUUUCUGCUGAGACACCAAACACGUGUUCUACUGGGUGUUGAAGAAGUAAUCGAGCCACUCGUUGAGUUGAUCUCUUCUUCUAUUUCCAAAUCAGAAGCAUUGGUGCCACAAGAGGAGAAAGCAGCAUGUUUGUUCAUCUGAUCAAUGAG